AUACAAACACACUGAGACUUGCAUGUAGCAAAUGUGGUAAUUUUCAGGGGGGAGGAGUUCUGCAUUAACAAGGCAAUAAUCAGACCGAUGCCUUGGUUGUUACCUUGCCAAAUCAUUCAGUAAAUGCAGAAAGCUUCAAUCUACCUAUUUCCACUUCCUGUAACGUAGUCCUGCAGUAUGAUCCUAGUGCCUUGAAAAUAAGCAGAUUUUUUUUAAUGAAGGUGAUCAUCAGAUGUAGAUAACAUUUAGGAGGCAUUUUAUAAAAUACCUUUUCCUUAAGAAAAGUGCCUAAGGAUAAAUCUAACGCCAGUGAGCAAAUGCAUCGGACUGGGUGGGGGAGAUGGGGGGGGAGGUGCUGCUCAGAGGAGCGGCACGUUCUGCCUGCAUGAUGCAAAAUGAGAGUCACAGGCUGCUGUCCGUGGUGCUGAAGAUUUCCAACUGCUUGAUGGAAUGCCCUCCGGAGGAAUAGCUGUUGGGCUGCUGCUAUCCAGGAUACUGAAUCUUGCUGAAAGUUGUUAUUGUGAAUAAGAGCCACAAGAACCCCACUGCUUGUUUGGGGAAGAGCCUCUAGAAAGCAGCAUAGCAUGAUGGUGCUGCUGACUGCAUUUCAGUCUGGAUUGGCUCUGAGCAUGCUGGUGCUGUUUCUGGAAUUGGAAGCAUAGCAUAUUCUCCACCCUUCUGUGCCUUUUUGCUGAUAUACAGAAAAUAGUGAUUUAGUGGGAUUUUUUUUAUUUUAUUUUUUAUGGACCUGAAGACUGCAACCAAGGAAAUAGAUUUUUAAAAAUCCUAGAAGGAUGAUUCUUUUAUUUUUUGUUUUUAUUGUUUUGGACUCUUAUUUUGUAUAAAGCAGUCUCAUCUUUGGACCCUUUUAUGAUUGAUUGCUUUGAAUUUUGAACAGUUGGUUAAAGCUUACAUCUCUUGGGUAUCUGCUGAUGUUCCUCUGUGACAUGGGAGGCUUUAGAACAAUUUUUUUUUCAUAAUCCUCCCUUACCAAUAUAAUUAAGAAGAGUUUUUUUUCUACUAUAUUGCUGAAGUACAAAUCCAUUGUGGUUUGUGACUCUUCCUACCAUUCACUCUAGUGCAUCACAUUGGCCUCUCCAUGGAAGCAUCCAUACAUAUCUGAUAUAAGCGCCAUACUCAGAAGCUCAGGAGAGGGAAUGGCUCUUCAUAUUCAUGAAGCCUACAUAUUUCUGUUGCUAAUUCCUUCUUUGGUCACCUCAGCUGCUUUCAAUCAUGAAGACUACCCUGCUGAUGAAGGUGAUCAGGUUUCAAAUAAUGAUAACAAUCUGAUUUUUGAUGACUAUCGGGGGAAAGGAUGUGUAGAUGACAGUGGUUUUGUAUACAAACUUGGGGAGCGUUUUUUCCCUGGGCACUCCAACUGUCCAUGUGUUUGUACCGAGGAUGGGCCUAUUUGUGAUCAACCAGAAUGCCCCAAAAUCCACCCAAAGUGUACUAAAGUAGAACACAAUGGAUGUUGUCCAGAAUGCAAAGAAGUGAAGAACUUUUGUGAAUACCAUGGGAAAAGUUACAAAAUCCUAGAGGAGUUUAAGGUCCAAACUGCUUUGCAGGAACCACCAUCAUUCCGGCUGGCAUCGAAGUCAAAGUGGAUGAGUGUAACAUCUGUCACUGCCAUCACGGGGACUGGUGGAAACCUGCCCAGUGCUCCAAACGUGAAUGCCAAGGCAAGCCGACUGCAUAGGGCAAAGCUCCCAGCAAUGAUGUUUGCACACCCAUUGUGUCAGCUUCUCAAGCUGGAUCUGACAGCUGCAGUUGGGUCACCAGCAAAAUAUUUUAGGGUUAAAUAAGACAAUUUUACCUGUGAGCUUGUUCUCUUCCUCUCUUUUCCUCUCUGAAAAAAAAUCUAUGUAGCUUGACAUUAUAGCAAGCAACACAGGUUGGUAAAUUAGCUUAGGAAUGGAAUGUUCUACAGAACUUCUUCUGGUGAUGGUUUAUGUUUUCUCCACCAUAUGGGGAUAAUUGAAAAGAAAAAUGUAUGUUCUAAUUUCGAUAGAAAACAAGCUAAAGCCAACCAGUGUAAGCAGUCAAUAUUCAUGAAAGAGAUUAUACAACCUAAGAAAAUCAAACUCUUAAGAUCAUCACUCAACAACAUAUACCAGUGUCAGUCUGUUGCAUUAUUAUUUUCCCCACCUCUUUGGUUCUAGGCAAGGAGGAAAGAAACUGCAGCUUCCUAGACCUUUCCCUAACCUAUCAGACUAAAUAUGCCUAUUCAGGUUAAUUUCAGUGACAAUUACUGCCCUCUUUGCUCUCUCUCCAUCUUUGAAUAAUCUCAGCAUGAAUGUAGAAAUCAACUGGUUCUUAAGAGAUAAUAUAUAUAUCUCUACUGGAAGAAAUCAUCUGACAUAAAGUUGCAAUUCAUGACUAUCCAAGUGUUAAUUAUCAGCACAAAUAUAUUUUAAAACAUUUAAUGUUGAAUAACAUUCCUAUAAAUUGGAUGGGGUGGGGGAAUCACACAAAAUAUUUAUUUGACCAGGAUGUCUGGAAAUCAAGAUACAAUGUAAUCCCAUUUUUUGGGCUCAAGAGCCCAAAGAAAAUUAACUUUGCAAGUUUCCUGAAUUAAAUUUGUGUUUUUCA